AUGGCAGAUUCUAUUAAAACAUUAAUUAAAAAACGUAGUUCUAUGAAGUCUAAAAUUACAGUUUUUAACAAUUAUUUAAAUUUAAUCAGUAGUAAUGCGGAUAUAUCUCAAUUGCAACGUUUGGACUUGGAGGAGCGUUUUAAUAGGUUCGAGGCCAUGUAUUCCGAUUUUGAUGCAUUACAGACCGACAUCGAGGUGCUUUCUGACGACGCCGAGGCCGAGUCCGCUUUGGCCGACCGUGAGGAAUUCGAACGCCAGUUCUUUCGUGUGGUGGCUCUCGCUCGCAGCCUACUGGCGACUUCGCGCGACGGUGCUGGGUCUGUGGCGGGUUCUGAAGAUGCUAAUUCAGGUGCACUCAGAAAACAGAAUUUUGUUCGUUUGCCGAAAAUUUCCCUACCUUGCUACGACGGAUGUUAUCAAUCCUGGUUGGAGUAUAGGGACACAUACAUCUCACUGAUUCACAACAAUGCAUGUAUCGACGAUAUCAACAAGUUCCACUACUUACGUGCCUCACUUAAGGGUAGCGCGGCUUCAAUCAUUCAAAAUAUAGACUUCAAAGCGGAACAUUAUAAAAUUGCGUGGGACUUGUUGUGUGAGCGAUAUAACAACAACCGUGUCCUUGUGAAUAAUCACAUUCAAGCGUUGUUUGAUGUUGAACAGAUAUCGAGGGAAUCAAGUGUGUCACUUAGGGGUCUCGUUGAUGUCAUUAAUAAAAAUAUAAGGGCACUAACAACUCUAAAUCAGCCCACUAAUCAUUGGGAUACCCUCAUCAUCUUUAUAAUGGCAAAAAAGCUGGACGUCACAACUAGUCGUAACUGGGAGGAACACAAAAACUCAUUAGCUACCGAUCCCAUUUUAUCACAAUUUUGUACAUUUUUAAAUAAAAGGGCUGACUUAUUGGAGUCAGUCGAGUCAAAUUUCAUUAAUUGCAGUACUUCAAUUGUCGCUUUAAAUAAUCAAACUAAUAAUAAUAAAUCUAUCAUUACUCAUAAUAAGAAAUCAAUUGCUUAUAAUAAACAAUCUGUCAUUAAAUGUCCACUUUGUGUCUCAAGCACACUCAUUAUAUUCUUGUGA